AAUCUAGUCUCGCUCUACCAGACGCCUUAGCACCAGCAAAUCAUAUAGCAUCUCAUUCGCCGUCUACUUCUAUAUGCGCCUCUGCCUACUGUACACACAUUCACUCUUUGCUGCCCCUCUUCUAGCCACGUCCAUUCUGGGUACCCCUGUCUCUGCGUUUAUAUCCUCGCCUGCGUUUGCUUCCCUCACUUUACCAAGGCAACAUGCCUCCGUCGCGGCCAAAACCGUCCGAAAUAGCGGCCGACACUAAGCGGAAGUGGUUGCCUUACAUCUGGACACAUCUGAUCAAGGAGCCAAAAACAUCAUACUUGUACCCGGAUUCGGCAGCCAUAAAAGUGAGCCCUGACAAGAGAUCACAUCAUCGGACACGCGUUGCCGUCAUGGACGGCGAUGCGGUGAAUUAUGCAUUGGGAUGGUACCAGAACGCCACGCGAGAACCUGCGCACCGAAAUUGCAAACGGAUACCGGUGGUAAAUACGGCGAAUGAGAAGCGGGCGGGGGGUGACUGGGAGUCUGGGCUCAUGGCGCCUGAAGAAUGUUUUGCUCGCAGGAGCAACCUCGUCCAUGCACUGACGAUGCCAUGGAACGCUCAAAUGGGGAUAGAUGAGAACUUCUACCCCAUCCCUCAAAGAGGUGGCAUCUACUCUCCCGAAGUUUUCGUAUUCCGAGGAACCCCAGAGCAAGACUAUGCCCCAUUUCCGACGGACGAGAUUCAGUCACUUCCAGUCAUUUCAGUCGCCCCCGUCCGAAGACCCAAGCUGGACGAAACCGGCGCGCAGUACUCAUUCGUCCAGGAGAAGGAGCUGAUGAAGGAGAAAAUGAGGACUGUUCUGCGAUUGGCAUCGUACUGCGGUCACAGGAACCUCGUUGUGGGCGCGUUUGGACUCGGCCCAAUUUUCCGCAAUCCCGCUCGGGAGGUCGCCAGGAUGUGGAGGGGGCUCUUGUUCGAGGAGGAGGAAUUUUGCGGUGUCUUCACGGAUGUUGUUUUCGCAAUCGACAGCGGCAUGGUCGGCCCUCCAGCAAAGGGUGGUCUGUCGGAUGCAGACGUGUUCAAGGAAGAGUUUGAUCCGUCGACCAUUUUCCCGACACGAUAUGGUUGGUGAGGGGCAUGGGCGGCGAGUGCGACGGAGGCCCAUCAGG